AUAUCUCAUCACUUGGAAACAAGCUGCUAAAGGUUCUUUCAAAAUAUUCACUCCCCAAAAGUAGCUACUAAGCCAGAAUCGUUCAUAGAAUCAUUAAAUUCGUUCAGAGAAUCAUUAAAUUCCUCACGACGUGCUUCCCCUAUAUGCAAUGUGACCUGUGGCAAUUGAGUGACGCGCAUGAAAUCGUGAAACCUGCCCAGAGUUCGCGAACACACUUGCGAGCGUGGAGACGGACAGUGAGCGCGCUCAUGAUGAGAACAGCCCGUCCAAUUAUCCGUGUGCCCCCUUUGGACACUCCCUUCUCACUUCACUGUUUACUCAACCACGAAAUCCACCGCUGGAUUCCAAGAUACUGCUCGCAUGGAGAUUUAAAACUGGACAGGGGCAUGAUAGUCCAGAAGAGAAAACGGAGGGAUGCGAGUGCGUUUGGUGCCAUGAUUAACAUCCAGUUUUUGCUAGCGUGCUCCUGAGAACAAGUCAAGAGGUCCAGCACUCAAGACAGCUGAUGAAGAGCAGCAGGAAGAAGAAGAAGAGAUCUGACAAAGUAUGGCUGCACCUGAUCUUUUAGAUCCCAAAUCAGCCACACACAACACCAAACCACGGCUGUCGUUCUCCUCAAAGCCUAUUGUGUAUAACUCGGGUGAUGAUUGUGAUACCAUAACCACCGUAAUGAAGUGGAAAACAGUAUUGGCGAUCUUCCUGCUGGUGGUUCUGUACCUGAUCAUCGGAGCCACGGUGUUCAAAGCUCUGGAACAGCCCCAGGAGAGCUCGCAGAAGUACCUCAUCGUGCAGGAGAAAAUUAACUUUCUCUCUAGUCAUACCUGUGUCAACACCUCUGAGCUGGAGGACUUGGUCAAGCAAGUGGUGUCUGCUAUCCGGGCCGGGGUCAAUCCCUCGGGUCACCCCUCCAAUGACAGCAGCAUGUGGGACCUCAGCAGCUCCUUCUUCUUUGCAGGGACUGUCAUCACCACUAUAGGGUUUGGGAAUGUCUCUCCACACACAGAAGGAGGCAGGAUCUUUUGCAUUAUCUACGCCCUGCUGGGGAUCCCACUCUUUGGGUUCCUCUUGGCUGGAGUGGGCGAUCAACUGGGAACAAUAUUUGGCAAAGGAAUCGCCAAAGUGGAAAAGAUGUUUGUGAAAUGGAAUGUGAGCCAAACUAAAAUCCGUGUGACAUCCACAGUCCUGUUCAUCCUGUUCGGGUGCCUGCUGUUUGUGGCCCUCCCCGCCCUCAUCUUCCAACACAUUGAAGGCUGGAGCGCUCUGGAGGCCAUCUACUUUGUUGUCAUCACUUUAACCACUAUUGGAUUUGGAGACUUUGUGGCAGGAGGCUCUGAGAUUGAGUAUCUGGACUAUUAUAAGCCCAUCGUGUGGUUUUGGAUCCUGGUGGGUCUUGCCUACUUCGCUGCAGUUCUCAGUAUGAUUGGAGACUGGCUCCGGGUCAUCUCCAAGAAGACCAAAGAGGAGGUGGGAGAGUUCCGUGCUCAUGCUGCAGAAUGGACGGCUAAUGUGUCAGCGGAAUUCAAAGAGACACGGCGCCGCCUGAGCGUGGAAAUUUACGACAAGUUUCAGCGGGCAGCUUACAUCAAGCGCAAGCUGUCAUCAGAGCUGGGCCAAAAUCCAGGUCAGGACAUGAUUCCAUGCAAGAGGACCCUGUCCGUGAACUUCACAGAUGAACUAGAAAAAGAAGGUCUCCCGACCCUGACCAAAAAUGGCAGCCUGUACCUCAACGGUCUUACCCCGGACUGCCACGACCACGGCGAGAUCUCCAUCAUUGAACAUCUAAAAUGCUAAAACGCUGAUAAAGAAGAACAGGAAUGUACUUUUGUGUCUACAGCUGUGUUUCAUCACAAAGCUAUAUCUUUCCUGGAUGAACUGGAAUCAGUGAGAGGGUGACUUUAUGCCUUGUGCCAGUGAAACGAUUUUAUAGGAAUUAAGAUGAAGUCUGAAUUCCUGAGAAAAACAGGACAGCAGCUUUUAGUAUCCAAUUAAUCAUAUUUGUGCCUUAAAAUCACCAGGAAUAGACUUCCCAGAAGCUGCUACUCUGAAUGAUACAUAGCAUUAAAAUGUAAUGUUUUUUUUUUAGAGAAUGAAACCAAUCUUGUCCAAACACUGACUAACUUAAUUGGUUUUUGGAUGCGUAUCGCAAACCCAGCAUGUGUGAGCAUCUGUUCAGAAACUAUUACAGGGUAUCAGGCAAGAAUGGCUGGUACUGACACAGCUGUGAUCGGUGGAUCACCAUUGUGGUUUAUAUCUUGCAUUAGCACAUGGAUAUUUUUUAACUCUUUCCCCGUCUGCGUUUUUUUUUUUUUUUCUUUUUUUUCAAGGUUGCCAGCCACCACCAGUGUUUUUGAUUUUGAAUUUUCAUUAAAAUUUCAUUGCACCCAG